CGGCUUUCAAAGACGUCUGUUGCAGUUAGCAGGCCCAGCAGGUCACGGUUAUCAAAAAUGGGGUUCGGUGAUUAUCCCGCGGAGUACAAUCGGUCUAUUCACGGGCCAUACGAUCCGGCGCGAUAUUACGGAAAACCGGACACUCCGUUCGGCCAGGUAAAACUCAACGAAUUGAUACCAUGGCUCGGUCGUCGCAAUAAGAGUCCGAGGGCAAUGGUAGCUGCAGUUUCUCGAGCAUGGUGGCGUUGGCAACAUAAGUACCUACACGUGAAACGCGGUGGGAUCGCUCCGUUUUUCCAGAUAACUACGGUGGCCAUGAUAUGGUUCUACGCGAUCAACUACGGAAAGUUUCAAAAUCACAGGAACUACAAGUACCACUAAGGUUCAACCUUCUCGGUUCAAUGCUAGAGAAGAACAGAAAUAGUGUUGCAUAAGUUGUAUCUUUCGAAAUUAUUAAUCUAACAUACCUGUAUUAUUCAAAUGAAUAAAACAAAAAACAAAAAUUACAA